AUGGAUGCCGGAGAACCAUCGUACACCACCAGCGACACCCCAAAUACUGAAGGAGGCUUCACCUACGGCUUAGGAUUCGUCUUCGUCGUCCUCUUCCUCCUAAUCAUUCUCUCUUAUGCUUCUUACAUCUAUAACCGCAGCAGGCGCUCUCAAUCACAGCUGCCACCCAUGAUCACCUCUUUCGACACCACCACCGACUCCGACUACGACGAAUAUCACUUUAUAAGACUCUCUCAAGGUCUUGACGAAUACGUCCUGGCGACUUUCCCGACGUUUCUAUACUCUGAGGUCGUGAUGCUUCUCAACGGCGAGACUAACACGUCGAACCAUGCUGAUGAUUGUGGCUCUGCAGGCUGCUCUGUUUGCUUGGAGGAUUAUAAACCAGCGGAUGUCAUCCGGUUGUUGCCGGAAUGUGGUCACAUGUUUCAUGUAAGUUGUGUAGAUACGUGGUUAAGGGUUCAUCCUACUUGCCCGGUGUGCCGGAACUCGCCAUUGCCGACCCCGAUGGAUUUGACUUGA